CACCCUGUAUAUCACAUACCUGACAAAAAACGUGUGUAUAAAUACCUGCGCGCUGUGCACGUACACGUACAUUUGUACAGAGUGUGGCAUCUCUUUACACAUGUAAAAAUCUUUUAUCAUAUAAUGAUUAGAAAAUUCUAAUCAUCGGAAAAGAGAAUCCCUGCUGUUUACACAAUGCAAGAUUCAUAAGAACCCAUUUUCUAUUUGUGCCAUAGUAAAUCCCGCGAGAUCAACAAGACUCAGAACUGAGCUAUGCGAAAUCACUCUGGCUCAGUGCCGUGUUGAAACAAUAAAUACAUCCUUGUCAGAUGUUUGUAAGAGAAGACGAUUGCAUAUAAAAGUAAAAAGCGUGUCGCGCUACGGGAAAAGUUGACAGAAGUGCGUUUGAUGAUGGAACCGCGCGAGGUCGAAAAACUGCUCGAGCUUCAUCUGCGCGAAAACAAUCUGUUGCGAGAUGAAUUGUCUCGUCUGUGGACCAUCGAACAUUCUUCGUUGGGAGGUCGCGGCAUGUUCGCCACGCGAGACAUUCGAGCCGGCGAGUUGAUCUUCACGGACGCACCGUUGCUGAUAGGACCGCGAUGUUACAACAAGUACCCGCCGAUGUGCGUGGUCUGCUACAAGGGUGACUGUCCGCUGUUCCCUUGCGAUAACGGUUGCGGUUUGCCAAUCUGCUCGACGGAAUGCGAGAAUUCCGCGCGUCACGCCGAAACGGAGUGCCGGUUUCUGAAGGAAUGGACACCGACCUGCGGUUCCACCUGGUCCAAGGACCUGUUGCUCGCGGUGGUACCGAUACGCGGCCUCACGUUGUCGAGGAAGCAGCGCGAACUCUUACACGCCUUCGAGUGCCAUUCGAAUCUUAUUCAGGAUCGUGAGGUCGAUCUGAUAAAGAAGAACGUGAGCAAUACUCCCAACGAGGAGCAGAUAGAACUCAUGAGACGGAUUUCCGGGAUUUUCAAUACAAAUUCGUUCGAGGUGGUGGUCGCGACGGACCGCGAUCGCACCACGAGUUUACGCGGUCUUUAUCCGAUGGGCGCGUUGCAGAAUCACUGCUGCGUGCCGAACACGAGGCAUCACUUUGACGAUCGGCAACGACUGUACGUGAGCGCCGCGAUGCCCAUCGCAGCCGGCGAGGAGAUCACCAUGUCUUACACCGAUCUGUUGUGGGACACGUUGAGAAGAAGACAGUUUCUCAGAGCUACCAAAUUCUUUUCCUGCAACUGCAACAGGUGCUCCGAUCCUUCGGAAUUCGGAUCUCGGCUCGGUGCGCUUCUCUGCGCGAAAGACGAUUGCUCGGGUCAUCUGUUACCCCGCGAUCCUCUCAAUCGCGGCUCUCCCUGGAUCUGCGACACGUGUCGAAUCAGCGUGAAUCACAGACAGAUCGAUUGCAUUCGUUCGACGUUACACGCACUUGUGCUUGACGUUUUACACAAAACUCCGCGGGAAAUUCUCAAGUUUGUAGAAGCGGUAUUGUCGAAAUUGGUACCUGCCACUAAUUACAUCCUGAUGGAUGUUAAGUAUAGUAUAAUCUCUUACUUCGGUAGAACUCCUGAACUUAAAUGGAAAGAUCUUACCGAUACAGAACUCAAAAUUAAGAGAACCUAUUGUAACGAUGUACUUUCCGCGUUAGACGCUCUAGGUUCUGGAGACUCUAUUAAAAAAGGUCUUGUUUUGUAUGAACUGUAUCGUACAAAUCUUGAGUUGUUUAAACGUCAGAUACUGCAAGAUGAAUCGAUACGUCAUUACACAAGAAUUAAUGAACGCCUGUUAGGAAAGGCAAGGAGUAUACUACAAAAUGACAUCGGUGCGGCCUGUGUUCGCAGAAGUGAUUAAUGCAAAAUCAAUCUCAAAAU